ACUGCAACACGAGAGCAACAAGUAGCAAGUAGCAGCGACAAUGGGCAUGGAGAGGUACGCGGGCCGCGUCGCCCUGGUGACGGGCGCCAGCUCCGGCAUAGGAGCCGCCAUCGCGCAGGCGCUGCUCAGGAGGGGACUCACCGUCGUCGGGCUGGCCAGGAGGGUCGACAGGGUCAAGGCUCUAGAGCUGAAGGACGCCCCUGGUAAACUUUACGCUAUUCAGGGUGACGUCAGCAGCGAGGACAGCAUCCUCUCGGCAUUCAAGUGGAUCAGGGAAAACCUGUCCGGCGUCGACAUUUUAAUUAAUAACGCCGGCUUGGGAAACGGUCAUGAUUUGACAUCUGGUAAGACGGAAGAGUGGAAGCGCAUCCUGGACGUGAACGUGCUGGGUCUGAGCAUCUGCACCAGGGAGGCCGUGCAGGACAUGCUGAGGAGGGGCGUCGACGACGGCUUCAUCAUCCACAUCAGCAGCAUAGCGGCGCACGUGCCACCACUGGCCCCCAUCAUUUCGAUGUACGCAGCGAGCAAGCACGCCGUCAAGGUGCUGCUGGAAGGCCUCCGGAAGGACCUGGUCGCCAGGAAGAGUAAGAUCCGCGUUGGAGAAGUUUCUCCAGGAUCUGUGAGAACUGAGUUCGCCAAAAACUUCCCUGGGGUUCCUGCGGAUCACUACGACAAGAAUCCCUGCCUGGAGUCGGAAGACGUGGCGGAGGCCGUUGUCUACAUGCUGUCGCAGAACCUACGAGUACAGGUUCAUGACAUCAUUGUCUACCCAAACGGCAGCAGAUACUGAAGUCGUCAUCGUUCCUGUAUUACAUAACUUUAUACUAAAUAAAUGUCUAAUAAUCAGUAUUUUAUUCA